CCCAAGUAACACGACGUGACGGCAUUCUACUAGAUUUCACGAAAUCGUCACGCUCGUUCUUUAUAAAGUACAUUUUUAUAUAAAUACGUUAUCAAAAUGAAGGUGACGCCUGCGUCACUUCUAAAUUUUUGACGGAACCGUGAAGAUUUUUCGUUAUAAAGUAACUUUUUAAAUAGAUACUUCAUAGAAAAUUUGUGACGUUUGCAGUGCACUUUAUUCGUGACGUUUUCGUGUUUUUAGGAACGAGAUCUCUCGAGAGAGGGCGUUUUAUAACCUUCUUUAUCUCUGUCAGAUUCUCUGGUCAGCCAUUUUCAUUGUCGUUGUUUUGUAGAGAGGCUGCCCCACACACGUGCUGCGUUUUUGUUGUUAUCAUUUGUUCUUAUUCAAUGGUUUAUAGAUAAGGUUGGCAACGAAAGCUUGGUUUUCCCGAUGACAGGUGACAGAAAAUGUAAAAAUUAAGACAUGGCGGGUUUUCGGGCAACAGACAAGGCUUUAUUCCCGAUAAAAAACAUAAAAACGGUGGUGCAGCUGUUCAGAAAUCAGCUGGAGCACUCGCAGGAGCCGGAUCUAUCUUUGUUAUCGAUUGUCGCAGGCGUAAUCGAAAAUUCCUUGACAAGCCGGUCGAAUUUACAAAUUUGCGAGCCAGUGGAACACAAUUGCCUCCCGAAUUUGGAUCUGGAAACGAUUACUUUGAUGUACAGUAAGUUUCAGACGAUAAUAAAGAAUGCAGUGGAGGUUAACAAACAAAGGAAAUACGCCACAAGAGAGUUGGUUAAGAAAGUCUCCGAUGUUAUAUGGAACAGUUUGACUAGGAGUUAUUACAAGGACAGGGCUCAUUUGCAGAGCUUGUACAGCUAUUUGAGCGGCAGUAAGUUGGAUUGUUUUGGCGUUGCGUUUGCAGUGGUUGCAGGCUGUCAAGUUUUGGGUUAUAAUGAUGUACACUUGGCGCUAUCCGAGGAUCAUGCCUGGGUUGUGUUUGGUGAGAACGGAAGUGAGACGGCGGAAGUAACAUGGCACGGAAAAGGAAAUGAAGAUAAAAGGGGUCAGGAAAUAGGCAAAGGCGUGUCCUCGCGAUCGUGGCUGUACGUCAACAACAAACCCGUAGUUUGCACCAGACACAUGGAGGUGGCAGCACUGGUGUCGGCCAUAAACCCCUCCCUCAACUCCAACCAGGACGCCUACGAGGUGUCCGAGCUGCAACAAGAGUUGCUAUGGCUGCUGUACGACCUGGGGCACCUGAAGAAGUACCCGAUGGCGAUCGGCAAUCUGGGGGACUUGGAGGAGAUAUCCUCGAGGGAGGGGAGAGUGGAAUGCCGGGUGUUGUUCGAGGAGGCCAUAAAGUCGUCGAGAAGUUACUACAACAACCAGCACGUGUACCCCUACACGUAUCAGGGGGGCUACUUUUACCGCAACAAAAUGUACAAAGAGGCGUUCGAGAGUUGGGCGAACGCCAGCGACGUCAUUCGGCUCUACAACUACUCCAGGGACGACGAGGAGAUAUACAAGGAGUUUCUGGAGAUCGCGAACGAGUUGAUACCGCACAUAAUGAAGAUCGAGAGCUCGGGUUUCAGCGCCAACACGAUCCUGAAGAAGCCGGAGUGUUUCGCGCACCUGCUGAGGUUCUACGACGGCAUCUGUCAGUGGGAGGAGGGCAGCGCCACGCCCGUGCUGCACAUCGGCUGGGCGAAACCGCUCGUCAACACGAUAUCGAAGUUCGACGCAGACGUCAGAGCUCAGGUCAACAUUCUUUGCGACACGGUGCAGGACGGUGCGAAGAAGAACGCCGGUAUCUGCAACAACAACAACAACAACAACUACGAAAAAGAAAACGGCGCUCAGACGGAAACCAAAGACGAAAAGGACACGAAUUUUCCGACCAUCGAAGCUCUGACGGCCGCUUGCUCGGAAAAAUUACUCAACCCCGAGUUUUUGUUGCAAGGCGAUGGGUCACCGUUCGUUGGGGGCGACGAACCAAAAGACAAAGCAGGCGCCGAAGUUUCGACCAACGGCAAGCCGGGAACGUCGAAGGUCGUCGUGGCCGAAGUGAAGCCGGAAACGCCCGAAGAAGAAACCGUGCCAGUAUCCAUACAUCCCACCGUCAUUUUGCACAGCCAAAAGAUGAAGGAACUGAAAGAUUUACUGUUGGCGGAAAAGUUAAACACGCAUGCCAUUUCCUUGCAUUUGACUGCGCAAUCUCAGGUACAGAUAGGUAAGAAAACUAGAGGUGAUAGUAGUGAUAGCGUGCGCCCGAAAAGGACGCGACGAGAUUAAAGGUAAGCUAAGUUUUUGACUGUAUACAACGGUAUAAAUUGGGUAAAUUUGAGUAGAGGGCGCUUUGUAAGCCGUCAUUUUUAAUUUUUUACGACAAACCUAGAGAAAAUGGCGAUUUAACAAAGCUUUACAUAAACUAUUAUAAUAAUCAAUGUAUUUAUAAUGAAAAACUUAUGUAUUUAAGUAAUAAUCAUUUUUAAGUAGUAGUUGAGAGAUGGUAAAGUAAAAAUCUAAGUGUGUUUUUAGUACAAGUUACACCUCAGUACAAUCAUCUGCUGUAUGCUUGUCUAUUUAAUAAUUUUCACCAAUUUAUACACAACAACACAAUUUUUGGGGUAUGUACUUAAUAUUUUUAGUUAUUAUUUUUAUAUAUAGAUGCAAUAUUUUGUUUUUGUGUAUGUUGAGUACGAAAACGUUGUGUAUGGUACGAUGUUUGCAGCAGCAAUUGUUCAAGGUCAUUUUGUCAAGCUUUGACAGUUAUGACCUUGAUAUAUUGUGUUUGUACACGAAAAGUAUUUGUUUUUAAACCUUGCCAUUUUAAUUAACAAUACAACAGUAUUAUACGUUUUAUUUCUUUUAUUUUUUAAUUAAAGAACUGAUUUAUUUUAUUUUUACUAACUAUUUAUGUUUAUAAUGAAUCUCUGAAGCUUUUUGAUGCUUUUAAGCACGUUAUUAUUAAUAUUAUUAUUUUAUUAACUAUUGCACCUAUGCUUGUUCAAAACGCCUAAAAAUAAUGCACUUUUGUUUUUAGUAACGCGUCUUAGGUUCGUGUUUUAUUGGAAUAUGACAAACUAUUUAAUUUAAAUGUUAAAAACUAAAUCGGGAAUCUCAAAUUAUUUUUGUUUGCCAAAUUCCCAACAAAAAACGAACUAUAUUUCUGUUUCACUGUUUUAGUCUUUUAGAUUAGUUGUUGUAUACACUAUACAUUCCUUGUGAUCACAUCACAAUUAUUAGUAUUUUAAUUGUUAAGCAAUGCAUAGAUAUAUGCAUUUAAAUGUUUUUAAGUACUAAAAAAUGCGGUUUUUUGCCAUAACAGUAAAAAACGUAAUUUUGAAGUCAAACUUGUGCUAUUUAUUAUGUAUUUUAUUGAAUGUUAAUGUUAAGGUUACAAACAGGAUUUUCUCCAGUGAUUUUAGUUUAGUUUUUAAAAUAACUCAACCCCACUGUAAUAGCAAAACAAUAGAAUAGAGUCUUAUAUUUUUUUAUUGCAUGUUCUUACGAUCACAACUAAUUUUAGACAUCACAGAGGGCGUACCAACCCCCUGAUUAUCGCAAUACCCGCUUAAUUUUCCUAAUAUAUCUUCAAUGUAAAAUAGCAACAAUAGCAAAAUAGUGGUGAAAUUAAAUUGUUAUGCUACUUGCACCAGUGACAAUAAUAUUGCAUGUAAUCUGGGUGUAAUUUUUGUUUCUGUGAUUUUAUACAAUGUGGAGGAGUAAUCAAAAUAUAGUACGUUCACAAUUACAAAAUUAUCGGUAUUUACUUUGCGUGUCGAUUUUUUUAAAUUAUGGAUGUGUAAUUUGGACAUUAUGUUGAUAAUAACUUUUAUAAACAUCAUGCCAAAUUUGAUACAUAUUUGACAAGUCGAUUUUGAGGUAUACGCAUUUUUGCGAAUAUCAAGGCUUUUUUGUUUUGUGAAUGUGCUAUAGCAGAUACAUUGCAAUAUUAUCCUAAUUUUAAAUAUUUAAGGUCACAAAUUAUUUAAUUUUGCCUUAAUAAUAGUAAAUUGCUUUGUAUGAAGUGUGAGAUGGUACAAUAAAAAAGGCUAGGAAUGGUUUUGGACGUUUGCCAAAUUUAUUUACUUAAACGAUAUUUAUUAGUGAUUGAAUUGAAAAAACAAUAAUUUAGUUGAAAAAUAACAUUCCGCAUUUUUUGGUUCAAGAGCUCACCUCUUCUGUUGGUACCUUGACAGCAAGGUAGUCUGAUGAUUUAAUUAUUGUUUUUUCAUUGUGAUUAACGGUUGAACAAAUUAAUUUUAAGUUUUAUCUCGAUUUUAUGAAUCUUCAGGUGUAGUUUUUAAGUAUUUUUGUUAGUACAUAAACAAUUAUGUACCACAAUAAAAAUUAAUUAAAUUAAAUUAUUGUAGUCUGUGAUGAAAAGGGUGACUAAUGAGUAACAUAUUUUGUAGAGAUAGAAAUAUUAUUAAUACAUGUAUUUUUCUAACCGAAGAAGUAAAAUUUAUUAUCGUAUAUCUUCCAACUUAAUUUGUUGAUUAAAAAAAUGUUGAAUUUGAAAUGGAGUUUAACCAAAGUGUUUGGAUUAAUAUUGUCUAAGUAUUGUUAUAUUUCCCCCAUAGUUAUUGUACAACAGGUUUAGAUUUUUUUGUCAUUUAUGCCCACAAAUAUCAAUAAAAUCUUAUGCAUACAAACAAGUGCAUUAUUUACCUUAUCUUUAUUCAAAAAACUAUUAUAUACAAUUUAAAUAACACAACCUUAACGCACUGGUAUCCAUGGUUGGAACAUAUCUCCAAUCUUCUUCCUUUCAUAGGCAGGGAAGUCCUCUGGGUGCAAUGUAAUGUAGUGACGAUACACAGCAUCUCUAUCAGCCAAAUAUCGAUUCCUAAUCUCAUCCAUCUUCCAACCAAUCCCGACCCCAGCAGCCCCGCCAAUAAUAUG